AUGACUCUUCAAAAAGAUGUUUAUAUAGCCGCUUUUGCGAGAACUCCUCUUGGUGGUUUUAAUGGAUCAUUAACUUCUUUUACAGCAACAAAACUUGGCUCCAUUGCUGUUGAAGCUGCCUUAAAAAAAGCUAACAUUAGUCCCGAGCUUGUUGAAGAAGUCUUUUUUGGAAAUGUUCUUUCUGCUAACCUUGGUCAGAAUCCAGCACGCCAAGUAGCUUUAGGUGCAGGUAUCCCAGACAAAGUGAUUGCCACAACAGUUAAUAAAGUGUGUGCAUCAGGUAUGAAAUCUGUAAUUUUAGGUGCCCAAACCAUUAUCACUGGAAAUGCUGAUAUUAUUGUUGCGGGUGGUACAGAAUCUAUGUCAAACACACCUUAUUAUGCCACAAAAGCAAGAUUUGGUUCUAAAUAUGGGGAUCAAACACUUGUUGAUGGUAUUGUAAAAGAUGGCCUAACAGAUGUCUAUAAUAGUUAUCUUAUGGGUGUUGCUGCUGAAGAAUGUGCUAAAGAUUAUAGUAUUACUCGUGAAGAACAAGAUGAUUAUGCUAUUUAUUCAUAUCAACGUGCACAAAAAGCAUUUGCAGAAAAUAAAUAUUCAGAUGAAAUUGUUCCAAUAAAAGUAUCUGGUGGUAGAGGUAAACCUGAUAAAAUAAUUACACAAGAUGAUGAAGUUAAUAAUUUAAAUGUUGAUAAACUGCGUGCUGUGAAGCCAGCAUUCAUUGAUAAUGGUAGUGUCACAGCUCCUAAUUCUUCACCAUUAAGUGAUGGUGCAACAGCUAUUGUUCUAAUUAGUGGAGAGAAAGCUAAAGAGUUGGGUAUUAAAGUUGUUGCAAAAAUUUUAGGUUGGAGUGAUGCUGCUCAGGCACCAGCAAAAUUUACAACAUCACCAUCAGUAGCCAUACCAAAAGCUUUAUCUCAUGCAAAAAAAUCACUUUCAGACAUCGAUUAUUUUGAGAUUAAUGAAGCAUUUUCUGUUGUUGCUUUAGCAAAUUUAAAAUUGCUUUCGCUAGAUAAAGAAAAAGUCAAUGUUUUUGGUGGUGCAGUUGCAAUGGGUCAUCCAUUGGGUUGUUCAGGGGCUAGAAUUAUUGCAACUUUAACCAGUGUGUUGAAAGAUAAAGAUGGAAAAAUUGGCUGCGCAUCAGUUUGUAAUGGUGGUGGUGGUGCUAGUGCUAUAGUCAUUUCAUUAAUUGAAUAA